AUGGUAACAUCAUCUUUCCGUAAUAUUGUCCGUAUUGUCAAGAAAUAUGGUAAGAGUAAGGCUUAUAUCAUCGUGUGGGGCCAGGGGGACGACAUGAACCAGGUCACCCGUGGAAGGGCGAGGGGCUCUUCCAAAAUGUGGCUGCGGCGGUACAGUGUUUAUGAAAUACUAUCGGUGCGGGAUGAACGGCGGUGCAGACUGCUGCUCCGAACUGCCCUCGCCGCGGUGCACCAGCAGCAGGUCGUCCACGCUUCCCGGAUGAGAUCUACCUUCGAGAAGCGCCAGCGAAAUUAUUAUGAUGUGCUAAAAAUUACUCCCAAGGCCACUCAAGCUCAGAUAAAGGAUGCAUAUUACAAGCUUUCCAAAAAGUAUCAUCCUGAUCAGUACAAAGGUGAUGAAGAUCCUGCAAAGAAGUUUCGUGAAAUAAAAGAGGCUUAUGAAGUCUUAGGGAACUUUAGUCAGAGAAAAAUGUAUGACAAGGGUCUGCUAGGAAUGUCUGCAGCAGCAACACCAGAUGAGGCAGAAGAAUAUUCAUCCAAGUUUUAUGGAUCAAGAAGAAAAAGAGGUGCAGUGCCUACUGCUUCAGGAAGGACUCCAAUAUAUAACUUUGAUGAGUGGACCAAGCUGCAUUACCAGUCUAGUUGGGAACGCAAACAAGAUGCCAAGAUGAGUGUGGCGGGUGUCCUCGUGGCCCGCCUGAGCAGCUACUACGGAUGA